AAAACUAAAAAAGUAUUUUAAGAAUCGAUGAAAUAUAUCAAAAAUUUCGCGAAGUUAUACAACAAAGACGAGAACAAUAGCUAUGAAUACCACAUCCGACACAACGAUCCCUAAAACAGACGGCACUGACCAUAACGGUUGUGUUGUCAGCGAUGGCCAACAACAUGAAGUUGUGGUCAACAAUGACAACAACAACAACAACAUCGACAACAAUGAGGUGAUCGACGAUCAUAAUCAUCAUCAGGUGGUCAUUGAUGUGAAUAAUCUGAAUAAUAAUAAUCUGAAUAAUAAUAAUCUGAAUAAUAAUAAUACUAAUAAAAUUGUGGCCAAAGAUAUGACGGUUCUUAACAAACGCAACAACGAAUUCAAUGGCAGUAAAGAUGUGGACAAAAAGUUUUCGGCAAAAAAAAAGUCUACGGAUAUCAUCGGCAAUAACACCAUUCCUGGCAGUGAUGGUAGUAAUGGCAAAGUCUGUUACGAUAAUCCAGCUUUUAUUGGGCUUAGUGUCCAAAAUUUGGCCACAAAUUCGGCGGCGUUGGCGACACCACCGACAACCAACAUUUCAAUUAUCAUAUCGAGUAACGGUUUGUUGGACAUGAGUGACAGUGGCCACCGAAGCCACCCAAUUAUUGAACAAUCAAUAGGCGGCGGUGGCGGCGGUUCGGACGACAACAAUCAUAAGAACAAUCAUUUGUCGUCGGCAUCGUUGUCUUCGUCAUCGCACGCCUACCGGCGCCGCGAACGGACACUGAGCGUUGCGUCCGUCAUGAGUAUUACCAAUUCGCUGGCACCCGAUCGCCGAUACUCGCGACGCCAGUCAAUUAUACAGCGUAAAGUGGACGCCGCCGCCACCAGCGGUGGUGAUGACAAUCCCUUACGGCGUAAGAUGUCGUUUAUUAAGGAGACGGCCGGCGAUGAGCCGCUCCGGACGGCGUUCAUACAGAUACUCAUUGCCUCACUGUUUGCCGGGUUCGGUAAUGUCGGCGCCGGUGUCAUAAUUAAUAUAAUCCAGAAAUGGCGUGUAUUUAUUGAAGUCAAAGUUAUGUUUGUAUUGAUACCGUCUCUAUUGGGUCUGAAAGGUAAUCUGGAGAUGACAAUGGCCUCCAGGUUGUCUACCGAAGCCAAUAUGGGACACAUGGACAGCUGGGGUCGUACCAUACGUAUGAUUGGCGGCGAUAUGGCUCUGGUCCAGUGUCAGGCUACGGUAGUAUCGUUUUUGGCCGCUUUUGUGGCCAUUGGCAUCGACUUUGCCCGUACCCAAGAGUUUAUUUGGCAGCACUUUCUGAUAGUGACGGCCACAAGUGUCGUCACCGCCAAUGUGGCCUGUUUUCUGUUAGGUUUGGUAAUGGCAUUUGUGAUUGUAUUUUCAAAUAAAAUUAAUAUUGACCCAGACAACGUGGCCACACCUAUAGCCGCAUCACUGGGAGACGUGUCGACGGCCGCACUGUUUGCCUUUAUAUCCGAAUGGAUUUACGCGGAUAUUGCCGACAGUGGCGUACGUACGAUACCGGUGUUGGCCAUCGCCGGUAUUGUCGUAUUUCUAAUACUGUUACCCGUAUUCUAUGUGAUUGCCCGACGAAACUCGUUUACCCGCCGGCUGGUCCAUUCGGGUUGGUUGCCGGUAAUCAUGGCCAUGGUCAUUUCGUCGGGUGGCGGCUUUUUUCUCGAUUCGGCCGUCGACCGCUACGAUCGAUUGCCGCCGUUUCAGCCGGUUAUUUGCGGUGUUGGCGGCAAUUUGGUGGCCGUGGCCGCCAGCAAGAUAUCUACCCGAUUGCAUAUGACAGCCAUAUUGGGUUCGAUGCCAUUUGGCGUCCAUCGGAUAUCGUCGCCGAUCGGCGUGUUUUUCAACAAACUGGACAUCAAUACUAAACUGUGUCUACUAUUGCUGUCGAUGGCCAUACCAUUACAGUUGCUAUACUCGCUGGUCAUUUGGGGUAUACAAUCGGAUGUUAUUACCAUAACGGCACCGUUGAUACUGUUGUACGUAACGUUUGCUACGGCACAGGUUUUUGUAUUACUGUUUGUCGGCUAUAAUUUGAUUCAUCUAUUGUGGAGUUUCGCAAUAAAUCCCGAUAUGUCGGCCAUACCCAUAAUGACAGCACUGGGCGAUCUACUUGGAUCGGCAUUUUUGUUGAUCGCUUUCGGCAUACUUGAAUCGAUUGGCGAUCCCAAUGCCCGGCAACAAACUAUAACUACUAAUAGCACAGCUACCGAUGCCAUCAAUAUGACAACUACUACUGUCCUAUCAAUUAUAGAUGCUAUAAAUGGUACAAAUAAUUAUCAAUAGCUAAUUAAAUACAAUAAUUAAUUAAUUAUGUAAAUGAUUAAUAACUUAACUUGUUGAAUAAUUGGCUCUCUCCCACCCCAUCCCUCC